UAGUGGGGCCGAUACCGCCGUUCGCCGCCGGGCCGGCAGCGCCGUGCUCGCCGGGCAGCCAUAGUCGUCCGGACCGAUGCCUGCGCGCCAGGGGGUGGGGCCCUGCGCCGGCGGCACGUGACGGCGCCGGUAGGCGGCAGAGCGUAGCGGCGGCUACAGCGGCUUGCAGCGGAGGGGAGCGGCUGGCCCCGCCGCCAUGGGCAUAAAAUUUUUAGAAGUUAUUAAGCCAUUCUGUGCAGUGUUACCCGAAAUCCAGAAACCAGAGCGAAAAGCAGGUUCAGUGGUUGGAGGCAGAAAGCUUCUAUUUCUGCUGUAUCUGUCUUACCUGUUAGUUCAUGUCAUGUUCUAGUACCUGCAGUACUCUUGCCUCCAGUGAGCACACAUCCCAGUGUUUCUGGUCCAUGGAGGAGAGAUCCAGUUCAGAGAGAAGGUGCUAUGGACAGCCAUCACACUCUUCAUUUUCUUAGUGUGCUGCCAGAAUCUGGAGCAGUAGGUUAAUAAUGACUGUCUACAACACUGAAGGGCUGUUGAAAGGCUAAAAUCCAGCUCUUGUACUGACCUGUUUGUUUGGAAGGAGGAGAUACCUUUGUUUGGAAUCAUGUCAUCAGAUUCUGCAGAUCCGUUCUAUUGGAUGCGAGUUAUUCUUGCUUCAAACAGAGGUACUUUGAUGGAGUUAGGUAUCUCCCCCAUUGUGACUUCUGGUUUGAUCAUGCAGCUGCUGGCUGGAGCAAAGAUCAUUGAAGUUGGUGACACUCCAAAAGACAGAGCCCUGUUCAAUGGAGCUCAGAAGUUAUUUGGGAUGAUUAUUACCAUUGGGCAAGCCAUUGUGUAUGUUAUGACUGGAAUGUAUGGAGAUCCUGCUGAAAUGGGUGCUGGAAUUUGUCUUCUUAUUAUAAUUCAGCUGUUUGUUGCUGGUUUGAUCGUGUUGCUGUUAGAUGAGUUGCUGCAGAAAGGCUAUGGCUUGGGAUCUGGUAUUUCCCUGUUUAUUGCUACCAAUAUCUGUGAAACCAUUGUCUGGAAGGCCUUUAGUCCUACUACCAUCAACACUGGCAGAGGGACAGAGUUUGAGGGGGCUGUGAUUGCCUUAUUUCACCUUCUGGCUACACGAACUGACAAAGUCCGGGCUUUGCGGGAAGCUUUUUACCGUCAGAAUCUGCCCAAUCUCAUGAACCUGAUUGCUACAGUGUUUGUAUUUGCUGUAGUCAUCUAUUUCCAGGGGUUUCGUGUUGAUUUACCCAUCAAGUCUGCACGCUACCGGGGACAGUACAGUAGCUAUCCGAUCAAGCUCUUCUAUACCUCCAACAUUCCCAUCAUUCUGCAGUCUGCCUUAGUUUCAAACCUCUAUGUCAUUUCCCAGAUGUUGUCUGUUCGUUUUAGUGGCAACUUCUUGGUGAAUUUACUAGGACAGUGGGCAGACGUCAGUGGUGGUGGCCCUGCUCGCUCUUACCCUGUUGGUGGCCUCUGCUACUACUUGUCUCCCCCUGAAUCCAUGGGUGCAAUAUUUGAGGAUCCUGUCCAUGUCAUAGUUUAUAUCAUAUUUAUGUUGGGAUCCUGCGCGUUCUUCUCCAAGACUUGGAUUGAGGUGUCUGGCUCAUCAGCGAAAGACGUUGCCAAGCAACUCAAAGAGCAGCAGAUGGUGAUGAGAGGCCACAGGGACACUUCAAUGGUUCAUGAGCUGAACAGGUAUAUCCCUACAGCUGCUGCAUUUGGUGGAUUGUGCAUUGGUGCCCUUUCAGUAUUGGCUGACUUCCUGGGUGCCAUUGGCUCAGGCACUGGCAUUCUGCUGGCAGUCACUAUUAUUUAUCAGUACUUUGAAAUAUUUGUAAAAGAACAGGCUGAGGUUGGAGGAGUAGGUGCAUUAUUUUUCUAGAUGUCCAAAUAUUUCAUGGUUUGUGUGGAAAGGGAAAGUAUUUUGACAACAUGCAUCAUUUAAUCCAACAAUGCUAUUUUCUUUUGACUUGUUUUCAAGUGCUGUGUGGCCCAUUCCUGCAAUGGGCACCGAGCAACGCCUGUGAGCAGCGUUAGUACCGGCUGCCUUAAGAAUCCAGUUUACAUUAUCUGUCUUGUUUAUCUAGUGUUGCCUGUGAUGCUGGAAACCAGUUCAUCUACCUUGCUGUCCAAACGCUGCAGUGAGAUGCUCAAAUGUAUCAGUUUGGUGUCAGUAAACACUUUUUGCACACAGCAUUAAAAUGUUAACUUUAUUUCCCUGUCCUUAAGAGGAGAAAAAUCUGAAUUCAAAAUUAACUGCCACGUGACAAAAUGUAUCUGGAGCUUGUAUUUUAUGUUAGUUUUUUAUACUUUUUUAACUUGCAUUUCCCCAUCACUGAACUGGGCACUCCGUCUUUUGCGCUGUCUCCACUCAAGCACCUCUCUCUUAGCUCUAAGGGUGGACAAUUAUGUUUUACUAGAGACUGAUACACAUCUCACCGGGGAGCUGGUUCUGGGGUGGGGGUUGCUGCAUCGCAGGGCCCAGGGCAUUGGGAUCUUGCCCUGCUGUGGGGGGGACAGUGUGGUGGCAGCUGCUGUCCCACUGGGAAGUGAGCCCCGCUGUUCCAUUUCAACCUGUACUUGCGCGAGCUGUGCCACUAAAACUUCAUGUCCACUUUGCUUCUGUGAGUUUAAAGAACAAGGCCUGGUUCCUCAAGCACUGUUCAGGGGAGGGAAAGGGAGAAUGAGGAGUUCCUGCUGCAGACCUUUGUCGCGCUUUACAGCGGCAAUGUACAACUGUAAACGCUAGACAAUAAACUUAUUUAAUUAA